CUUUUGUAACGCCCGUCACACCACCCCUCCACCCUCGGUUAACGGUGUUACCUAUUCUUAGACAUAAACCCCACCGUCCUCUGCUGCAUCCUUAUCUCAGCACAGAAGUCCUCUUCCCGCUCGUGAAUGAGGGCUAUCUGUGCUUCUCUUCACCUUUGCUUAUCUCCUUAACGUGCGUGCAUAUUCCGUGCGAAUUGGUUGCUGCGUUUUUCUUAAGCUAUGGCUUCUUCUUUCAGAUUCCGUAAGCUCUAUGACCUCCUGUGUCUUCUUGAGCUCGUGAAGGGUCCGUUUGGGAAGAAAAAAUGGGGUGAUGGGAAGAAGCAAGAAAAUCCCAUUUCCUCUUCUUUUGCUGAGGCUGCUGAGGUUAGGAAUGAGAAAAAGGUCCGGGCUAAGAAUGAGUGGAAAUGCGUAGAUAGAUGUCUAUGGAUGACUGGGUGUAUCUGGGUAACAUGGUGGUUCUUUUUAUUUGUCAUCAAUCUUUUGCCCACCCAAUUGGCGACUGAAUCACCCGGAGCCCUUCUCAAGCGUGACGGUUUGACCGCCUUCCACCCGGUGGUUUUGGUCCCAGGCAUUGUUACCGGCGGCUUGGAGCUCUGGGAGGGAAGGCCCUGUGCCGAGGACCUUUUCCGGAAGCGCCUUUGGGGAGGUACCUUUGCUGAGAUGUUCAAGAGGCCAUUGUGUUGGUUGGAGCACAUGUGCCUGGACAAUGAAACAGGACUUGACCCGCCGGGAAUUCGGGUUCGGGCGAUCCAAGGGCUGGUGGCGGCUGAUUAUUUUGCUCCGGGAUACUUUGUUUGGGCGGUGCUUAUUGAGAAUUUGGCAAAGAUUGGGUAUGAGCAGAAGAACAUGUAUAUGGCUGCUUAUGACUGGAGGCUCUCUUUCCAAAACACUGAGGUGAGAGACCAAUCUCUUAGCAGAUUAAAGAGUAUAAUAGAACUUAUGUAUGCAACAAAUGGAAACAGAAAAGUGGUGGUGGUGCCUCAUUCCAUGGGAUCACUCUAUUUUCUUCACUUUCUUAAAUGGGUCGAAUCGCCUCCUCCUAUGGGAGGCGGUGGGGGUCCCACUUGGUGUGCGAAGCACAUCAAAGCAAUCAUGAACAUCGGCCCGACAUUCCUCGGCGUUCCAAGGGCAUUUAGCAGCUUGUUAUCAGCUGAAGGGAAAUUCAUUUCACUUCUGAGAUCAUUCGCUCCUAAUCUACUUGAUGAGACGUUUCGGUUUCAAACAAUGAAACAAGCCUUGAGGGUUUGCCGAACAUGGGACUCGAUCGUUUCCUUGUUACCUAAAGGAGGAGAGACCAUUUGGGGUAACUCGGAUUGGUCGCCUGAGGAAGAAUACAAAUGUACAGCAACAAAAAAACAAUUGAGUUCUUUUUCAAGUAGCAAUAACAAAACUAAAUAUGGAAGAGUUAUUUCAUUUUUGAAUGGAGCGUCCGAAUCACCCUCUUCACAAUUGGCAGAUUUUGAUAUAAUGGAAGAUGUACAUCAAAGUGUGCUGAACAAAACAUCAUGUGGAGGGGUAUGGACAGAAUAUAAUCACAUCAGCAAAGAAAGCAUCCAUAAAGUUGUUGAAAACAAAGCAUAUACAGCAAAAACAGCAAUUGAUCUUCUUCGGUUUGUGGCACCUAAAAUGAUGAAGCGCGCCGAGUCACAUUUCUCCCAUGGAUUAGCGAACAACCUUGAUGACCCAAAGUAUGAUCAUUACAAGUACUGGUCAAAUCCACUUGAAACCAAGUAAGUGUAAUUAUUUUCAUGAUUUAUGAAUGUUAUAGUAGCUUUAAGAUUUUAGUUGAGACAGAUUAUGUUAACUUUUUCAUACCAACCGAGCACAAAUAUACAAACUCAUGUAUAAGACAUUCGACUACUCUAUCUGAGUAACCCCGUGCUGGCCGGUAUAAUAAUAUGAACUAACAUACAACACCUUCAACUACUACCCAUGUCUUAGCGUUUUAAGACCGACUCCAAGUCUGAAUUGAUUACAUUGUUUUUAAUGUAGUUAAGUGGCUGCAAUUAAUACAUUUUUCAGGCUACCCAUUGCACCAGAUAUGGAGAUAUACUGCUUAUAUGGAGUUGGAAUUCUCACUGAGAGAUCAUACAUGUACAAGCUCUCCCCUACAAACACAUGCAAUAGCAUUCCCUUCCACAUUGACAGUUCUGUAGAUGGGAGUGGCAACAGCGGAUGUCUAAGAGGUGGAGUGCAUUUUGUAGAUGGCGACGGAAGCGUUCCAAUUCUAAGCUCAGGCUUCAUGUGUGCCAAACCAUGGCGUGGGAAGACGCGGUUCAACCCAUCGGGUAGUCGUACAUACAUAAGGGAGUACCAACACGAACCACCGUCUAGUCUUCUCGAAGGGAGGGGUACAAAGAGCGGGGCUCAUGUUGAUAUAAUGGGAAAUGUUGCACUGAUUGAGGAUGUAUUGCGCAUUGCUGGUGGGGUUUCCGGGGAAGAGUUGGGUGGAGAUAGAGUUCAUUCUGACCUCAUGAAAAUGUCAGAGGGGAUAAAUAUACAGUUAGAUAUGUAGUUGUAGCAUUACAGUGUGCAGAGUGCAAGAAAGUUAAUUAGGGAACUAAUUUGAGUAGAGGAAUGCAGGUUGGAGUGCCUCAGAUAUAGGGUAAUAAUGUCCUGUUGUGUAUAACAAAGUGGAGAAAUCUUCUUCAGUGAAAAGCUUUAACAUAUGAGCUCUAUUUAAUAAAAAAAGAGAUGACACCCCGUCCUUGAGGGCCCCCAAGCACCGCCCGGACUAGUCGGAUGUAAAUUAGAGUUAAUCACAACUUGUCAGUAGUUUAACCAUCUUAUUACUAAUCUUGCUGGAGAGGCCCCUUAACUGGAAAGCUCUAAGAUCACUUUGACGGAGAGAGGGAGAUCAUUUGCAAAUGAAAUCUGGUAGGAUUCAUAAUGAACUACUUUUCCAUUUCAGGUGAGGGUUAGAAACUUUAGGUUGAAUGAGUUAUUUGAUUUAAUAGAAUGUAGUUUGACGAAUAUGUUUAUGACCUAUGGAGUUGUCCCAUCUCAAUUUUGCAUUUAGAGAUUGCAAUUUCCGACUCCCUAAAAACUUCAUGCUUUUCUAAGUCGUCUUUUAUUGUUUCACAAAUAAAUUUCUAUUACGUAUCAUUUGCAAUUAUGAAAGUGUUAGUGAACAGACAUUUAUUUCGACUUCAGAAAACCCAAGCAGAGAUGUGUAAAUUGGAGUAUUUAAACAAUUUGAUUCGC